CAAAUAGAGAUAUUCAAAAAGAUAUAUAGGGCAAUUUUAUAGGGCAAUCUUUUAAGGAUAGGGGAAUUAUUUAGUACUCCAGUAAUUGGCAUUUUGGUUUUGUACGGCGUGUGAAGAGACACGAUGAGGAUAAUAAUUGACCCUUCUUCACUAUUCUUUAGACUUUAACAACGAGAGCUAUAAUCCAUAUUUUGUCAUGUCAAGCAGUGGACACCAUCCAGAAUACGCACUACAAUUAACAGAUAUUGACUGGCUAACACUUGCAUAUACAGUCAAGUGACAUCAUUGUAACAGAUUUGGCAUGAUUUCCUAAGUGAUCACCAUAUAAACUCAUUUGUUAAUAAAUAUAACAUCCUGUCCAAAUUCUAACCACCAAAACUUACACCACAAAAAAAUGAAAGACCAAAAUGGCAAACAAGAACACCCUCAAGUUGUAGUGGUAAUGGUGCCACUACUAGCCCAAGGCCAUCUCAACCAACUCCUCCACCUCUCUCACCUCAUCACCUCAUACGGGAUACCCGUCCAUUAUGCUUGCUCCGCCUCCCACAACCGUCAGGCGAAGCUCCGACUCAACGGGUGGAACUCAGAAAGCUUAACCAACAUUCAUUUUCAUGAUUUAGAGCUCCCUCCUUUUGAGUCACGUGCUCCGAAAGACGACCCCUCCGUCCCCUUCCCUGAGCACUUGCAACCCCUUUUCGAGGCUUCCUUACAUCUUCGUCAACCUGUUUCUCUUCUUUUGCAACAAUUGUCUGCAGAGUUCGACAGAGUCAUAGUUAUUCAUGAUCUUCUUAUGACGUAUGUUGUCCAAGAUGUGAAGCUCAUCUCAAAUGCUGAAGCAUAUAACUUCAUUCCUAUCUCUGCCUUUACCUUUUUCGUAAAUGCAUGGAAAGGCUUAUCUAAGGAAGAUAAUUCAGUUCAGCUAGAUUCAAAAGAUAUCCCUCAAGGUAUCCCCACUGAAGACGGGUGUGCUACGGAACAAGUAUUGGAGUUUGCUGCCAAACAAAUGAAGUUACUCGGUUUCGAGUCAGGGUGGAUUUACAACACCUCAAGAGUUAUAGAAGAUAGAUAUGUUCAAUUGCUGGAGAAGAAAUAUUCAACUGAAACACAAAAGAAGCACUUUGUCUUAGGACCUUUUAAUCCAGUGGAUAUCAGAUGCAGCAAUGGCAAAAACAGACAUGAGUGCCUUGAAUGGCUCGACGAACAAGAGAAAGGUUCGGUGAUAUAUGUGUCGUUUGGGUCGACAACAUCACUGACCGAUGAACAGAUCAAAGAGUUGGCAAAUGGGUUGGAGAUAUGCGGGGAGAAGUUUAUAUGGGUGCUUAGAAGAGCAGAUUCAAACGACGUUUUUGCAGAAGCUGAUAAAGUGAACAAUCCCCAACUUCCUGAAGGUUAUGAAGAAAGAGUAAAAGACAGGGGAAUUGUAUUGAGAGAUUGGGCGCCACAACUUGAAAUAUUGGCACAUCCAUCAACAGGUGGGUUCAUGAGUCAUUGUGGGUGGAAUUCAUGUAUGGAAAGUAUAAGUAUGGGUGUGCCGGUAGCAGCAUGGCCUAUGCAUUCGGACCAGCCAAGGAAUGCGUUUCUGUUGAGCAACGUGCUCAAAGUUGGUGUAAUGGUUAGAGAUUGGAAACACCGCGGUGAGAUAGUGAAGUCGAGUACUAUAGAGGAUGCAGUGAAAACACUGAUGGCUUCAGAGGAGGGAAAGGAGAUAAAGAAAAGAGCUGCAGAAUUAGGUGAAGCUGUUAGAGGUUCAGUUGCUGAAGGUGGUGUUUGUUGUUUAGAAAGGGAAGCUUUUAUUGCCCAUAUCUCUAGAUAAUGCUAUCUUUCUGCAACCUUGUUUAUUUAAGUUUGUGUCACAUUCAUGUCUAAUCCAAUAAAUCUAAUCCCAAGUUAAAAUCAA